AUGGACGUUGCGAUUCGACCGUUGAGCAGCCGCAUCAAUUGCUUCAUUACGGGAAGGUGUGCGAAUGCAAUGUGUCCAGGAGAAUGGGCUGAUAACCCAAGGAGCAAUCCUAUCCCGGUUCCGGGUGAACCCGGCAUCCGUACCGUCAGACUACCAUGUCUACGUGGACAGCGGCGGGGGACCUCGGGNUUUUUUUUGUAUGUAAUGUUUCAUUAUAAACUUACGGAUAUAUUCCUAUCGCUAAUAUUAAAAACUUUCAUUGAUUCGAUGGCAUUCGAUUGGGAAUGCGGGCGAUGGAUCAACGACACAGUGGACGUUGCGAUUCGACCAUUGAGCAGCCGUAUCAAUUGGUUCAUCACGGAAAGGUAG